AUGCAACGGGUGAGCCGGGCCAUCCCCGACCUGCAAGCGACCGCGGUCCUUAGCACAAAUGGACGUCAUAAGCUUAAAGGUUUCAAGUCCCUGGCCAGCAUUGCGUAUGCCAUCCAGCAGGAUGGGUCCCCGGAUGACUUUGUCCGGAAACUCUGGCCGCCGGCGGCUGGAUCUUCCGAAGCCAUUGUCUCUCCUGCUGCUGCUUUUGCACGUCGCCUGGUCGUACAAACCCAAGCGGUUGCCCACCCUCCUGCACCCCCGGCACCCGUCCCUGGCCCCAGCCUUCCUUCGGCUCCUGCGGCCAAAAUCUCUGCCGCCGCAGCUGAGACCAUGCGAGAAAAGUGCAUCACCGAUUACCCGGGGGAACUCCUGUCCCCGGCUAAUACUCCCAGCGUCGAAUUUCUGAACCGUCUCCGGUCCGAACUUGAUGCCCCAACGUCGCUCUGGAUUCCGUGGCGCUUGAGGACAUCUGAGUCGGAUCUGCAGCAUUUCCCGCCGGCCCCGUUCGGACGCACAGGUGUUCCGGACCCUGUGGUGGCCCAAUCCUCCGCUCCCACCUCCGGCCCAGUCGAACCUACGUUGCGCCGCCAUCUGGGCCUGCUGACUACAGCUUUUGCCUUCCUGGGUGACCUUCACCUCCGUGCCGGAAAAAUGCUUCUUGAAGCAUUUGUGGCCGCUGCCGUGGAGCAGCCUAUCGACACUACCCUCCGCCCUCCAUCUAUGCAGGAGGUCAUUGCUGCCGAACGCACCGUGUGGUCGAACGUUGCCACCCUGAUGCGCGAUGAGAAGUGGAGCCUCCCGGACUCGGUCACCGAGAUUACUGUUACGCGGCAUAUGCUCCCGAACAUUCUUGUGGCCCGGCCGCGCAGCAUCCCGGCGCCUCCGGUUAGGGAACCUGGACUCCGGAACCUUGACCGCACCCGUCCGGAGGAUGCUCCGGAGCGCCCGCCCAAGAAACCCCGUCCCACACCUAAGGGUAAGGCUAAAGCCGAAGCGAAAGCCACCGGGAAGAAGCCCAUUUCCGAGCUAUGGGACGAUUCAUGGCACUCCGUGGAUGAGUCCGGAAAAGAGAUAUGCCGCCGGUUUUGCGUUGUCUCUCCCACGCCGUGCGGCCCGUGCCCCCCGACAUCAUCUGUUACGCGGCCUGACGCUCCGCUGGUGGUUGGACCUUUGGCUCCCUCGGACACUCGAGCACGGCCCCGCUCUCCGCGCCGGACACGCCUUGGAUUUUCCUUUUCUUUUGUACCACCUCGCGUCCCGCUGGGACGCCGCAUUGGAUGCCCCGCUCCACCGACACAGCACACAGUGUCGGGCCCGCCUCCUGCCCCGGAGACUUUGACACAAACCUUGCCGGAACCUGUGUCUCACCCUGCACCUUGCAAGCACCGUCUCUUUCUUGACUUGUUCUCCGGCUCCUCGGCGCCGCUCUCCCGUGCAGUCGCUGCUCUUGGUCUGGACCGCAUUUCCCCCAUAGAUUGUCUCCACGGGGAGCAUGUGGACUUGCUUGACCCCGACACUCAAACCUCCUUGCGCCGGCUCUGCUCCAGUGGUUUGAUUGCUGUGGCUGCUGCGGCUCCUCCUUGUUCCAGCUUCAGCCGUUCCCGCCUCCGUCCAGGGGGCCCGCCGGCGGUGCGCACACCCGCACACCCUUCUGGUAUUCCCCGGCCUUCCCCACGCCAACAAGCCGAGUUGGAUUCCUCAGACCGGUUGCACACAUUCACCCGGGAGUUGCUCACGCUCGUUAUGUUGGCUGGAGGUAUUGCCAUCUUAGAAAACCCGGCCUCCAGCUUACUCUGGCUUGUCCCGGGCUGCCGAUCCUGGAUCCGCCACCACUGCAUGCAUUCGGUUGAAGUUGCCGCUUGCAGCCACGCCUUGGACUACCGCAAAAGCUGGCUUUUUGUGUCCAACUUUUCGGAUCUGAGGUCUCUCGCGUCUGUGUGCCAACAUCCUCCCGGCUCUCAUGCGACUACGUCCGGACGCCGGACUGCCUCCGGUGCUUUCCUCACACGGGAUACCGCCUGUUAUCCCUCGUCACUGUGCUCUGCGCUUGCUGACCUUUUCAAGCCGUUGCUCUCGUCACACACCGGCGAGAUCCCUUUUCGUUCCUGGCAUUCGCUUCUUCCUGCUACACUUUUCUGGCCCAUUCCGGCAAAUCGUGUGGAAGAUGGUGCCGGCACUUGCUCAUCUGCCUCUUGGUCUGUUCCCAGAGGUGCUGAUUGCUUCGGCUCCCUCCGGAAAGCCUGGUGUGCUCGCAUUCUCUCAGGGGACUUCCUGUCCAAGUUCCAAGCCAAGUUGUCUUCCGGAUCCAAGGCCCCUCCGCUGUCGGACCCUGAAUUGGCCCCGUUCCUCGAUGACCUUCGAUCCUUCCUUCGACUUUCCGCCCCGGAUUUUGACACGCUUUUGUCCGUCCCGCCGGGACAGCCUUUCCGCCUCUUUCUGUUGGAAGCGCUGUUGUCUGUUUUCAAAGAUCCGGACACCUCCUUUGUGGACUUGCUCACUGAGGGCGUCCCCCUGGGCGUUGAUUCCGAGAUGCCUUCCUGUCCGACCCUGUUUCCCCCGGCCGGACAGUCCGCUCCCACUAUGGAUUUGACACAUUGCUCCUCUUCUUGGGGCUCCGCUUUGUCGGAUCAAGCAUCCGUGGAUAGCCUUCUUUCCGAAGAGAUUUCAGAAGGGUGGGUGCGUGAAAUCCCCGGUGGACUGGACGAACUUACAGCCCGUUACCAGCAGACUGCUGUUGGGAAGCUGGGCUUGGUGAAAUCCCCCGGCCGGCCGGAUCGACUGGUCGUCGAUAGCAGUGUUUCCGGUGUGACCGAACACACAUCACUUCCCAACAAGUCCGCAAAUCCGUCCAUCUCCGGUAUUCGCCAGUGCCUUCCGCCGGAGCACGCCAUAGAAUGGCUUAUCGCGUUAAUUUUGGACGUCAGCAAAGCCCACCGCCGGAUCAAAAUCCGUGACUCUGACCGUGGCCUUUUGUGUUUCUUUCACCGGAACCGGCUGUACCAAUGCUUAACGCUUAACUUUGGUGCACGCGCCUCCGGCUUCUACUGGUCCCGGAUGGCCGGCUUGCUGACCCGUCUACUUCACCGCCUGGUCUUUGUCAAACAUUGCCUGCUGAUAUAUGUUGACGACCUGAUUGCUCUGCUUUCCGGCCCGUCCGGCCCGGUUUGGGCAGCACUGAUGUGCAUCAUGUUGCUCAUUCUCCGCGUUCCGAUGAGCUGGCACAAGGCCUACUUGGGCCCCCGGCCAACGUGGAUUGGCUGGUCUAUCUGCCUCCACUCCCUUUCUGCCACCAUGGAAGCUCCUAAGCUUGACCGGCUGCGUGACCUCCUGGCCAAAAUUCGGGGGUCAGAUUCCGUCCCGCUCCAUCUUCUCCGCAAGCUCACCGGCAAGCUCCUGUGGGUCUGCUCCCUUUUUCGACCUUUCCGUCCCAGUUUAGCUCCCCUGUAUUCCGACCAGGGCAAGCCUCCUGUCGUACAUGUUGCUCUGAGUCCGGCGAAAUGGGCUUCGUUCCGUUCCAAGCUUGACUCACACCUGGUUCUGCAGUCUGACGUGGGUCUCGCAUCCUGUCCGAAGUUAUGCACACUGAUUUCUGUCUCGGGUCGUGAGGUAUCCUCACUUUCCCAAGUCCCGGUGUCCUUCCCUGGCGAACGCCGCACCUGGAUUUCCGUGCGCAUGCCACCUGAAUCCGACCGGAAGCUUUCCAAGGAAUCCUUGGCGGUGCUGGACAUGUGGCACGCCUGCCUCGCCGAUGCUCCCCCUACGUUCCCGCUGCCCUUGGCUCGUGAAUUCCCCUGCCAGGCGUUCGCGGACGCCUGCGCCGAUGCCCAGCAUGCCGGCAUUGGUGGUUUCGUCACGCUUCCUUCCGGCAAGACUGCCUGGUUUCAACACCGGUUCUCCGCUUCGGAGCUCACUGCCCUAUUCCCCUGGUUCCCGGUUGGCACUUCUCCGCAAGCCUGCAUUGCUGCUUGGGAACUUCUCGGACAGAUCGCUCUCCUUUGGGUGAUUGGCCUCCUGAUUCCGGUUUCCCUUCACCCCAUCCACGUUGUCACCCGCUGUGAUAAUUCCCCUUCCGACUCUGCUUCGUGGAAAGGACUCUCCACUGCCCGGGGAAUUUGCUCUCUCCUUCCGGCCUAUUUUGCCUGGCAGCGUGCAUUCUGCAUCUCCACUUAUAUUGACCAUGUUCCGGGUUUCCAGAACACUGUUGCCGAUGGUCUUAGCCGAGGUGCUGACCCGACCACCUUUGGACUCCGACCUGGUGACCGGGUGGAUAUUCCGUGGGCUCUCAUCUCUCUACCUCCUCGGCCUUCAUACCAUCCGUCGAGUGCCCUGAACCUGUCCCUUUUUCCGGCUAUGGACUUCUAA